UAACUGUCUCUCAUUUCCAACCCUUCUCAUGAUCUUCUUUCUUUCGUAACGUGAUCCCUAAAAAGGAAAUCACACGCAUUCUUUACCAAACUUUGACAACAAUCUUUCUCAAUCAGUUGAAUUAUAGAUGAAUUUCUUCAAAUCUAUGUUAUCCGACGAUACUGAGCCGGAAAAUAUGGACGGUCAUGGAAAUUCCGAUACCGAUCGUCGCCCAAAUCAAUCUCCAAAGCAUCAAGAAAUAGGAAGAGCUGAAGAGGAGUUUACGGAUUUAAAUUUGACUUCUUCCGCAGAGGUUGUCGGCGUUGGCGGUGGCGGUGGCGGUGGCGGUGGCGGCGGUUUGUGGAGCUUUGGAGAUCUGGUGAAGACUAUAACGACUAGAUCGGAAUCAGUACUCGAAACAUACCGUCGAGAUCUGAAGGAAUUCGGAUCAGGUUUGAGGAAAGAAUCCGAUUUGUUCCGUGAAGUCGCGAGCCGUGCAGUGAAGGAGUUACCGUCUUCGAUCGAGGUCGGAGCUUCAGCGAUCGAUGGAGUGUUGAAAUCGACAGCGGAUAUCAUCUCACAAGGUAAGGAAGCUCUUCUCGAACCUUCAGAUUUUGAUGAUUCUGAUGCUUCGGAAUCAGCACAGAAUCGUAGUGGUUUGAAUUCGAGAGGGUACAGCCGUUUCGAGUCUCAAUUGAAUGCGAUCCAAACUGAUGCUCGAACUUAUUGCGUAGAUCCUGAGGACAUAGAUGAUUAUAGUAACUGGAAAUUAGGGUUUCUGUUGGAUGAUAAGGAAAGCGAGAUUGAGAAACUCAUUGGAGAUAAUGGAUCCAUAGAAGCAAUUUACAGAAAACUUGUUCCUAAUGAGGUUGAUGAUGGAAGCUUUUGGUCCAGGUAUUUCUACAGGGUUCAUAAGCUUAAACAGCAAGAGGACAUGAGAGCUAAUCUGGUGAGGAGAUCCUUAACUGCUGAUGAUGAAGAAGAAUUGAGUUGGGAUGUUGAUGAUGAAGAUGAAGAUGAAGAUGAAGAUGAAGAAGAAAAAGAAUCUAAUCAAAACCCUAUUCAUGAAUCUGAAGCUGUAAGUUCUAAUGUUGCUGAUGAUGAUCUGGAGAAGAACCCCAAUUCUGCCAUUGUUAACAAUAACACCGCAGAAUCGAUGCCAAAAUCUAAUGAAGAUCUCGAUCAUAGCGAAAAUGUUGUUGACAAAGAUCUGGAGAAGAACACUGAUGCUGCCAUUGUUGACAAGAACAAUGCAGACGAUUCAAAACCGAGUAGUCGAGAUUUGCCCAAUGAGACCGUUGAAUCGGUUCCAAAAACCAAGGAAAAUCAGGGAUCUUCUUCGCAUGAGGAGGAAGAUAUCGAGUGGGAUGAGAUCGAGGAUCUUGGCGAACAUGAUGAAAAGAGAGUUUCUCAAGGUGAUAGCCUAAAGAAUGGUGGUGAUUUGUUUAAACAAUUGAAUGUUGCUGAAGAUGAUGAAGAUUUGAGUUGGGAUAUAGAAGAUGAUGACGAUGAACCUGGGAAAACCGGUAAGUAAUGAAGCAGAUUUGAUUUCACCAAAGGUGUUUUGCAAUUGCAUUGUUUGUUGUGGGUUAUAAUCCAGAUUUGUUGUUAUGUUUGGGUUUAUACUGGGAUCCUGUCGUUUUAGAAAGCAGGUGCUUUUAUGUCAUUUGUGUUACUAUAAUUGGAACAGUAAUCAGGUAUUGUUGAUAAUGAUAUCCAUUUGUUGUAUC